AUGUCUCCGGUCUCCGGCUUUGAUUGGCAAUCUGCAGCCUCGGCCAGCAGUCUGCAGCCUCGGCCAGCUGUCCGCAGCAUCGGCCAGCUGUCCGCAGCAUCGGCCAGCUGUCCGCAGCCUCGGCCAGCACUUCGCAGCCUCGGCCAGCUGUCCGCAGCCUUGGCCAGCAGUCCGCAGCCUCGGCCAGCACUUCCAGCCUCGGCCAGCACUCCGCAGUCUAGGCCAACACUCCGCAGCCUCGGCCAACACUCCGCAGCCUCGGCCAGCACUUCGCAGCCUCGGCCAGCACUCCUCAGCCUCGGCCAGCACUCCUCAGCCUCGGCCAGCUAUCCGCAACCUCGGCCAGCAGUCCGCAGCCUCGGCCAACACUUCGCAGCCUCGGCUAGCACUACACAGCCUCGGCCAGCUGUCCGCAGCAUCGGCCAGCUGUCCGCAGCCUCGGCCAGCAGUCCGCAGCCUCGGCCAGCACUACACAGCCUCGGCCAGAAGUCCGCAGCCUCGGCCAGCACUACACAACCUCGGCCAGCAAUCCGCCGCCUCGGCCAGCCACACACAAGUCAAGCAUGCUCCAGUUAA